AUGGGCGGUGGUGGCCAACCAAAAGAAGCAGCAGGCGAACAAGACAUCAACUUUGCAGCCAAGGCACAUGAUAUGAUUUAUGGACAGAAUCAAAAGUCAUCAUCUGCACAAGAUCUUGGUUCUGCAGCAGCGUUACAAGCAUUCAAGAUGUUUGCUGGUGGAGACGAGAAGAAGAGUGGUGGAAGUACAGAGCAACUUGCUGGAUUGGCCAUGAGUGAAGGCAUGAAAUUAUUCAUGAACAACAAUUCUGGUGCAGGACAAAGUGAUAUUCUCAAGACAGCUGUUCAAUGGGCCCUCAAGUUCUUUAUGACACAAAAGAUGGGUAGCUCAAGCCCUGGAUUUAGUACAUUGAUGGGCCUUGUAGGCAAUAUGGGUGGCGGUGGUAAUGCCCCAGCUCAAGCUGCUGCAGGUGGUAGUAGUGGUAGUGGUGCAAAAGCACUCUUUGGCAAGCUCAUGUCAGUUGUAGGCGGUAACAAAUAA